AUGGAUGCUGCAAAUUCUCAAUCAAUGUCUGAAAAAUGUGUUAUUGACAACUGUAGACAUAUACAACGAGCAUUAUGUAAAUGUUGUAAACAAGAUCUUUGUUAUCAACAUUUAUGGGAACAUAAUGAUUCAAUUAUUUCUCAAUUAAAUCUAUUAAAAAACGAAAUUCAUCAUGUUAAUUAUCGAUUUAAAACACUUAAUAUUCCGGAAAUAAUUAAAGCUUUUCAAAAACAAAUUAAACAAUGGCGUAUUAAUAGUUAUAUAAUAAUUGAUCGUUUAUAUGAUCAAAAACGUCAAGAAUUUACUGAAUAUAUUGAGGAAAAUGUCGGAAAACAAUGUGAAUAUAUGGAUCAAUUACAAAAACAAAUCGAUGAAUUUAUUGAAAUUGAAGAUGGAGAUCAACAAGAAAUUAAAUUUAUCAAAUCGAAUCUUAAUGAUAUUAAUGAAAAAAUUGAUAGAAUUGAAAAAGCUAUUUGUCCAAUUACAAUUUUACCAUUAGCCAUUGAUGAACAUUCAAUUCAAAUUAAUUGUUAA